AUGUCUGGACUUAAUAACUCAUAUCUCAAGCUCUCUGAUGAACUAUUUGAAAAUGAUACACCAAUUAGCACAAAAAGCUCUAAACGUCGAAACUGCUCUGCAACUCCAAAAGAGCACCAUCGCACUAUUUCUGAAACAAAAGGUAUAGAAAUGUAUUUGCUUUCGCAGGAACGGAAACAAGCAGACGAAAAUUUAAAAUUAUUAAAAAAUCGAAUAAAACAUCUCGAAACCGAGCAGCAAAAAGCCAACAAAGCAAUUGAAGCUGCAAAGAUGCUGUCUUCUAAAAGACAAACGAUCAGAGAAAAGCAUGAACUUUUUAAAAAGGGGAUUGAAACUGCGCUCAAAGAACGAGAAAUUGAAACAGUCAACAAAAAGAGAGAUAUCUCAACAGAAAGACAAAGGAGAAAAGAAAGCAUAGAAAGAAGUAAAAAAAAUUUAAUCGAAAAAAAUAGCAAAGCAAGAGAUGAAGCUAUUGCUCAAAAAAUAUACCUGCUUAGGAUGUAUAAUUUAUAGAUAAAGCUAUUAUAAUAAUUUAGUGUAAAUGGAAAUACAAAACGAAAAUUUUUUGAAACAAAGAUUUGAAGCUGAAAAAAAUUUGGUUACUGAAAGAGCAAGAAAAAUAUUUAAUGAGACGAGCAAAGCAAGCAAAUCAAGAACUGCAAGCUCAGAAGGGAUAAAACAGGUGCUAGACGAAAUGUAUAGAAGCAAGAUGAACGAAACUAGGAGCAAGUCAAGAAUUGCAAGAAGACAAGCAGAAGAGCUAACAAGAAUUGAAGCACUUAUGGAAGAAAACCUAAAAAAAACAGUUUUACUACAAAAUACUUAUUAUCAAUUUUUGUUCGAAAGUGAAGUCAGUGAAGCUUCAUUUCUAUCAAACAAGUCAAGGAGUCAGACUCCAAGAAAUUGCACAUCCAGUAGUGGAUUUGAAUCAGAAAUUCCAAACAUGAAAUACCUUGAUAAAAUCAUCGCAGAAAUAAGCUCAGACCAAUCAGAUAUGUAA